GGGAACCUCCCCCCUCAGACAUAGAGUAGCGGGGGGCGCUGCCCCCACCCCCGUAGAAGAGCUCCCCAGCCCCUUCCCCCACCGAACAGGGGUCCCUCCUGCCCCCCUCAGCAGGGGGGUGCUGCUGCUCCCUUCCCCCAGCAGAUCUCCAGCUCCCCUCACCCACUUUACAGGGGCGCUCUCCCCCCCACCCCCACGGCAGGGGGUGCUCUCCCCUUUGCCCCCUAGCAUCAGGGAGUCUCUGAUCCCCCAUCUCAGCCGCCAGGGAGUGUCUCCCCCUGCGGGAUGUUCUCCAGAAGGAGCCAUGCUGAUGUCAAGAAAUCUACACAGAAAGCUCUGGACCCAAAGAAGGACGUCCUGACCCGCCUCAAGCACCUCAAAGCGCUGCUGGAUAUUGUGGAUGGAAGUGACCUGAAGCAAUUUUUUGAGAUCAACUAUUCUCAGAUUUACUUUAUCUUCUAUGAAAAUUUCAUAACACUGGAAAAUAGCUUGAAACAAAAAGGGAAUAAAUCACAAAGGGAGGAGCUGGACUCCAUUCUGUUUCUUUUUGAAAAAAUAUUACAACUGCUACCUGAGAGGAUAUUUUAUCGAUGGCAUUUCCACAGUAUAGGGUCAGUUUUGAAGAAGCUUUUGCACACUGGAAACUCUAUUAAGAUAAGAUGUGAAGGAAUCCGACUAUUUCUUCUUUGGCUUCAGGCACUUCAGACAAACUCUGCAGAGGAGCAAGUGUUAAUUUUUGCAUGUCUAGUGCCUGGUUUCCCAGUGAUCAUGUCAUCAAGAGGUCCCUGUACACUGGAUACACUCAUUAGCCCUACUCCUAAUUUGCCUGAUGCAAAGAUUUAUCCUGAAGAAAUAACUCCACUUCUGCCAGCUGUCUCUGGUGAAAAGGUUGCUGAGGACCAAACUUGCUAUUUUCUUCAGAUAUUGUUAAAGUAUAUGGUAAUCCAGGCUGCAAGCUUAGAGUGGAAGAAUAAGGAGAACCAAGACACUGGUUUUAAGUUUCUCUUCGCCUUGUUUAGAAAGUAUUAUCUUCCUCACUUGUUUCCAUCUUUUACAAAACUAACCAACCUCUACAAACCUGUGCUUGAUAUUCCUGACUUGAGGCCAAAACCAGCGUACAUUACUGCAACUCGGAAUAAUGAAAACAUCUAUAGCACGAAAAUCCCAUUCAUGGCUGCUCGUGUUGUUUUUAUUAAAUGGCUUGUAACCUUUUUUCUCGAAAAGAAGUACUUAACUUCAAUGCAGAAUACUAAAAAUGGAGGAGAAAUGCUGCCUAAAAUCAUUCAGACGGUUGGUGGUACAACUCAAGAUAAAAACCCCGAGUUGGAAACUAGUGUGCUAUCAGAGCAAGAGAAAAAUCAUUCCAAUAGCAGCACUUUGUCUGAUAGGAGACUCAGUAACUCUAGCCUUUGCAGCAUCGAAGAACAACAUCGGACAGUGUAUGAGAUGGUACAGAGAAUUCUGUUGUCCACUCGAGGUUACGUCAAUUUUGUUAAUGAAGUAUUUCGCCAGGCUUUUUUGUUGCCUUCCUCUGAUAUAUCUGCAACACGGAAAGUGGUUAAGGUAUAUAGAAAGUGGAUAUUGCAAGACAAGCCUGUGUUCAUGGAAGAACCAGAUAAACAAGAAAAUAUUCAAGAUAAUGUGUCCAACUUGGAACAUACAGAGACAGAUUGCAAACAUCUUACUUCUGGUCAUUCUGGACAUAAAAGAUCUUCCAGUUGGGGAAGAACUUACUCCUUCUCUAAUGCUGUUAGCAGAGGAUGUAUACUAGAAGAUGAAGACAAGAACAUUAAGGCUGGUGCUCAGGCUGCAUUACAGGUGUUUUUGACGAACUCUGCGAACGUUUUUUUAUUGGAACCAUGUGCUGAAGUCCCUGUUCUCCUGAAGGAACAAGUUGAUGCUUGCAAAGCAGUUCUGAGUAUUUUUAGGCACAUGAUAAUGGAACUUUCAAUGAAUAAAAAGACAUGGGAACAGAUGUUACAAAUACUCCUGCGAAUAACAGAAGGUGUCAUGCAGAAGCCAAAGGAUAACCAAGUAAAGGACGUGUUUGCUCAAAGCUUGGCAGGAUUACUUUUCAGGACUCUUAUUGUGGCUUGGAUCCGAGCAAAUCUGAGUGUUUACAUUUCUCGAGAACUCUGGGAUGAGCUGCUCAGCAUACUGUCUUCCCUUACUGACUGGGAAGAGCUGAUAACUGAAUGGGCCAAAAUCAUGGAUUCUCUAACGGCAGUGUUAGCAAGAAUCGUGUAUGGAGUUGAAAUGACAAACUUACCACUGGAUAAACUAAGUGAGCAAAAGGAAAAAAAACAAAGAGGCAAAGGUGGCAUCUCAGAUCCUCAAAAGGCAACUACAGUGGGACGAUCAUUUUCAUUAAGUUGGAGAAGUCAUCCUGAAGUUGUGGAACCAAUGAGAUUCAGGAGUGCUACCACCUCUGGAGCACCAGGAGUUGAGAAAGCAAGAAACAUAGUCCGACAAAGAGCAACAGAAGUUGAAGAAGCUCAGCAAUCAGAAAAUACAACAGGAGCAGAGUCUAGUGGCUUCUUUGCAGACCAGGACCAACAACUAACUCGAAGCAGUAGCACUUCAGAUGUUACAGACCAAUUUAGUUCUGAUUUUUUUCAAGAUAAAAAGACUGAGAGUUCACAGAAUUUAAAUAGUUCGGAUUCCAAAUCCAUUCAAGACAAGAAGGGAUAUAUGAAGAAAGAAAAUGAAGCCCAACACGUUUUAAUACGAAGGAGCAGCAGUCCAGCUGAAUUAGAUUUGAAAGCAGACUUGCAGCAGUCACAUGGAAAUCAUACAGAAAGAGAAAUGAGUGAAAGUGUUAGCAGUGACACAUUCAUUGGCUACAAUAAUGAAGUAGAGAUCACCCUGGUCCCCUGGCAAACAUGUGAAGAAGAACAUGAAGUUAAUAUACCAACAGAUGUUUGUAUAGACGCAGAUGCUCGUCAUUGGCUGCAGCUUAGUCCUUCAGAUGCUGCAAAUUUAACAGACAGUAGCGAGUUCCUUGCUGAUGACUGCAGUAUAAUUGCUGGUGGAAACCUCAUAGGUUGGCAUCCUGAUUCAGCUGCUGUAUUAUGGAGAAGGAUCUUGGGAAUUCUUGGGGAUGUGAACAAUAUCCAGUCUCCUAAAAUUCAUGCCAAAGUUUUUGGGUAUCUCUAUGAACUAUGGUACAAACUGGCAAAGAUAAGGGACAAUCUUGCUAUAAGUUUGGACAACCAGUCUACACCCUCUCCUCCUGUUUUAAUUCCACCUCUCAGAAUAUUUGCAUCAUGGUUGUUCAAGGCAACAACCUUGCCAAAUGAAUAUAAAGAAGGCAAACUUCAAGCAUACAGGUUGAUCUGUGCUAUGAUGACUAGGCGCCAAGAUGUUUUGCCAAAUUCUGAUUUCCUAGUGCAUUUUUAUCUCGUGAUGCACAUUGGCUUAACUAGUGAAGAUCAGGAUAUUUUAAAUACCGUCAUAAAACACUGCCCAUCUUGCUUUUUCUUCUUGGGUUUACCUGGUUUUACAAUGCUGAUAGGAGACUUCAUCACAGCUGCAGCCAGAGUCCUUAGUACAGACAUGUUGGAGGCCCCUCGCUCAGAAGCUCAUACCAUUCUUGGUUCUCUUGUUUGCUUUCCAAAUAUCUACCAAGAAAUCCCUCUAUUACAACCCAUCCCUGAAGCUGAUGAAAUCAUCACAGGAGCUGCAGAUGUUAAAUGUUACCUCAUAAAUAUUCUAUUGAAGAAUGCCACAGAUGAGCCCAGUGAAGCUGCAAGGUGUAUAGCUGUUUGCUGCCUUGGAGUUUGGAUAUGUGAAGAACUAGUACAGUGCACAAACCAUCCUCAAGUGAAGGAUGCAAUAAAUGUUAUAGGUGUAACACUAAAGUUUUCUAAUAAACUGGUAGCUCAGAUAGCCUGUGAUGUUCUUCAACUGCUAGUUUCUUAUUGGGAAAAGCUUCAGAAGUAUGAAUCCUCUCUAUCCAGGAAAAUUACUGAAAUUCUCGUGGCCACCAUUGCAUUUCUUUUGCCAAGUGCUGAAUACUCCUCUGUAGAAACAGAUAAAAAGUUUAUAGUUUCUUUAUUACUUUGCUUGUUGGAUUGGUGCAUGGCACUACCAAUGAAAACCUUACUAGAGCCAGUAUCUACUGUUCUGGAAGAUCAACAUUCCUCUGAAGCUCCCUUACUGGAUUACAUAUAUAGGGUGUUGCAUUGUUGUGUUUAUGGCUCAAGCACAUAUACGCAGCAAAGCCAUUACAUACUGAGCCUUGCAGAUCUCUCAUCUAAUGACUAUGAUCCAUUUUUGCCAUUGGGAAAUGUCAAGAAUUCUGAGCCAGCACACUCCCAUUCCACCCCAGAUUUGGGAAAUCUACUCACUGUUGUUGAGGAAAAAAGAAGAAGAAGCUUGGAAUUAAUACCUCUAACUGCCCGGAUGGUUAUGACACAUCUAGUAAACCACUUAAGUCACUAUCCCCUCAGUGGAGGACCUGCCAUUCUUCACAGCCUUAUUAGUGAGAAUCAUGACAACUGUUAUGUGGAAUCUUCUGAGCUGUCUUCAGAAGUCUUCAGAAGUCCAAACUUGCAGUUAUUUGUAUUUAAUGACAGUACUCUUAUAUCUUACCUUCAAAUUCCUGCAGAAACAACCGUGGAUACUGAGCCAGCAGGAGCCCUCUCAGAUGUAAGAGUAAUUGUCAGAGAUAUCUCAGGGAAAUAUUCUUGGGAUGGCACAAUAUUAUACGGACCUUUGGAAGGCUGUCUAGCACGUCAGACUGGAAAUAAUUCAUUUGUGGUUUCGGGCAGUCAUGAAGGGCAAUUUGAGGCCCAGACAGACUUCUCUCAAACAGAAGAAGGAGAGGAUGCUCUUGACGAAUUGCUAGAAAAGAUUGGUAAUACUAGUCCUGAAUGCCUUUUACAUCCACAGCUAAAAUUAAAUGAGCCAUCACCACCCCCAUUUGGUAUGAGCCAUGAUCAAGAGAAUGAGAUCAUAGAAGCCAUAAUAAGGCAGAGUGCCCAAGAAAAAGAGCAUGUACAUAAAUGCAGCUCCAAUUUUGAUAUGAAAGUAGCCAGUGAAGAAGAACCAAGUUCUGCUGAACCACAAGCACCAUUUUAUUUCUGUAGGCUGUUGCUAAACGACUUAGGAAUGAAUUCUUGGGAUAGAAGAAAAAGCUUUCAUCUACUUAAGAAAAAUUCUAAAUUAUUGAGAGAGUUGAAAAAUCUUGAUUCCCGUCAAUGCCGUGAAACUCACAAGAUUGCAGUGUUUUACAUUGCAGAAGGACAAGAGGACAAAUGCUCAAUAUUGUCCAAUGCAAGAGGCAGCCAAGCAUAUGAAGAUUUUGUUGCUGGAUUGGGCUGGGAGGUUGAUCUUUCAACACAUUGUGGAUUUAUGGGUGGUCUGCAGCGUAAUGGCAGCACAGGACAAACAGCACCGUAUUAUGCUACCUCUACUGUGGAAGUCAUUUUUCAUGUUUCCACAAGAAUGCCAUCAGAUUCAGAUGAUUCACUGACCAAAAAGCUUCGUCACUUGGGAAAUGAUGAGGUUCACAUCGUCUGGUCUGAGCACACCAGGAACUACCGCAGGGGUAUUAUACCAACAGAUUUUGGAGAUGUUUUAAUUAUUAUUUAUCCAAUGAAGAAUCACAUGUUUUUCGUAGAGAUAAUGAAGAAACCAGAGGUCCCAUUUUUUGGUCCUCUCUUUGAUGGAGCAAUAGUGACUGCAAAACUGCUGCCAAGCCUUAUAUGUGCCACAUGCAUCAAUGCCAGCAGAGCUGUGAAAUCUCUCAUACCCCUCUACCAGAGCUUUUAUGAGGAAAGAGCUCUGUAUCUUGAAGCAAUAAUCCAGAAUCACAAAGAAGUAAUGACAUUUGAGGAUUUUGCAGCUCAGGUCUUUUCUCCCUCUCCUAGCUACUCUCUCAGUGGAACUGGCUGUCUCGCUAUGAGUGCGAGUGCUGAUCUUACUGUAACCACUGGAAUAGAGUUAGCAGAGCAGACCUCUCCAACACUACACCAUGCCACCAAAAACAAAGCCUCUGGGAAACUUCGUCGCUCUGCUAGUGCUCUCAGCAAAUCUUCAAAUUAAAGCACUUUGGAAGGGGAAGCCCAUUCAAGGGAAUUUGAAAAACAAAAUCAGAAUAAAAUCAUUUACUGUAUCAAUGGAACAUUGCUACAUGCUUUGGAUGAGCACAUAAGGAAGUAACUUCCCUUAUGUUGCAAAACUUAAACUAUUGAUGGACAGCUGUCACUUGAUUUACCCAUUAUGCAUUACACUUGAUUAUUGUUGUCACCGAAAUAACUAUGUCAAAACUGGAUCUUUUUCAAUGUGUGAGGCAUUUAACUGAUGUGGGGUAAUUCACUUGUUUUCCCUUAAAAUCUGUAGAUGCAAGUACAGCUAUCACAGGAAGAGGAUGCAAAGCAAGUAUUGAAACCAGUUAUUUAAUUUAUCUUCAUUGUGUUGAUCAUUUAAUCAUUCCAAUUAUAGUUUUAACACUUGUGUGUAUAUUAGCAAAUUUUGUCUAAUUGGAAAACAAGUUUUCAUUUAAUUAAACAUAUGAUGGACUUUUUCUCUUAAGUGUGGGUGAAUGACUUGGGUUCUUUUCAGUAUGUCAUCAAGUGUUCCCUUCCUGUUCUGUUUUGAAUUGAUACCCCAGUACAGUUUUUGUGCAUAAAAACCAUAAGUAUCAAAUAACUGGUUUAGGUAAUUUAUUUGUAAUUUAGGAAAGUGCUGCCAAUUGCAUAAAUCACCAAGACCUGGAUUAAAGUCACUUGGCUCAAUCUUGCCCUUUUAUUCAGGGGUGCAUGUCCCCAUACAUUUAGUAAAAUCCUCACAUUCAGCUUGCGCUGACCCUUGCAGGAUUGGGCCCUUUGUGGGAUGCUGCAUAUUAACAUACCCAGAGAGCAGACUUAAGACUCCUGCAUUCUCUCUCUUAGUGUUUAUUAUAACCAUCACAUGCCAGUGCUGCUAAACGUAAGGGUUUGCAGUUUUGGCAUUAUUGGUAUCUAUUAACAAAGAUUCAUACUUAUACCAUAAAAUGUAAUACAGGUUAGAUGUUAACAUGUACAAUUUGGUUCAAACCAUUUAAUUUAUAUCUGUCCAUUUAUUUUUUGAUAGAAAUCUUCUUUUGCAGCACUAUCUUUGGACAUAGGGUCAUUCUGUCAUAUGAAAUGCUGCAUGUGAUUUAAUGCAUAAUGUGAGCUAAUCACCUUUUUUCUGUGUGUGUGUAAAAAUAAAAUGACCAGUGAUUUCAUUUAGAAAAGCGAAUAUUGCACAUUUGCAAUAACUACUUUUCACCCAGAUUUGUAUAACUGGGAACCAGUACAUAUCCUGAGUAGCCACACUGACAUAGUACAUCAGCACGGCAAUAAUCUGCAAAUUAAAGUAUCCCUAAUUGGUCUUAGAUAUUGUAAUAACCUUCCAAGGACACAUUACAUUGUGUUCUUUUGGUGAUCUGCAUAUUGUGCAAAUGUUUUGGAUAUAAAAAAACCUCAGUACAAUUUCAGUGAAUAGUGGGUUUGAGGAGUUAAGGGGAAUUUUUUGUACUUUUAGAAAAUUAAUAUUACCAUAAAAGCAAGGAAAAUAAGAGACACAUACUGUAACCACUUAAACACUUAAUAGAAGGUAGGGAAUUCAGAUUUAAGGCUGAAAUUCUGUCCUCCAUUAUGACUCUGUAUUGCAAAGGUCUCUAAACAGAUGUUGAUUUUCCAUAUAAUAAUGCUGUAAUACCUAGGAACAACAGGGUAUGAAAUGGGUGGAGUUUCAAAACUGAAUUUCCUGACCCUUUUUUGGUUUGGUGGAGGGACAGGGAGUAGUUGUCAGACACCUAACUUACAGUAACGUUUGUUUUUUGACAUUUUGGCUACUAGUGUUAGUAUAUAUGCCUGAUUUUUGUAUCAUACCCCUGUAACCUUCCUAAUCUUCCUCAGGUCUAGUUAACAUAGUCUCUGUUUGUUUGUGUUUAUUAAGCUGGAUGCACACCUGAAAAACUUAAUGUGACGUCUUACCUGAACUGAAGGGGAGCUACUUUAAGUGAAGCUAAAUGCACCAUUGGGUAGCCAUUAUUAUUUGGGCUUUUUGUUGUUGCACUCAGUUUCUGUGUAUACGUUAAGUGAAUGUUUAUUUUCACGUUGACAGUGAUCUAUGCUUAUUCUCUGUAAAUAAUUAAUGCUAUUUGAUAAAUCUUUACAGUAAUAUUAAGUUAUAGCUUGGCAUUUUGUUAUUGACUUUAUGUAUUAGUUUAUUUGGUUCUAGUGGCAACCAAUUUAUCAGGAAAAAUUAAAAUGGGAUGCACUCAUUAUCCAGAGCAGAAACUAGAAAUUGUUGCUUGUGAUGUUAGUACAUAGUCUACACUAGCUAGCAUGUACAGGUAAAUGCAGCCAGCCUCCUGACAGAGGGCAUAAUUGAAUUGCUGACAUUUCAGACUGCCAUUUGACUUUGUGGUCAAACCUUGUUCUUUGCGUCUUCCUGAUUGUGUGUCUAUAAAGUAAGUUAGAAAAAAAUGUGUAUUGCAUUAUCUAAUGUGUUUUCAUUUUAAUCAUUGUUGGGUAAGGAGGCCAUGACUGUGCUUAGUUACCCAGUAAAAUGUGUGUCAAAUACACACCACAUGGAGUAGCUCAAAGAGCAUUUUUCUGAAUGAGACAAGAUCUUUCCUUCUAAAAUGACACCAAUCUCUAAUGCAGGGAAGAAUGAAGUGCAGAAUUAUUAUUUCCCUGUUAUAUAAAUAACGUAUUUUCUCUUUUUAAAAAGGAAAAUUAGAAUCUGAGGGUUUUGGUAGUAUAAAACAAACAAUAAACCAUUUUUUAACUCCUCAGAAAUCAAUUAAAUCUCAGUUCACUGCAUAAUUCUGAUUAAAAAUAUGUUAAAUGUAUCUUUGUGAUAUAUACAGCUACUCUGGUCCUUUGUUUAGAUGCCAGGUUAAAACAAGGUACAUUGAUCCUGUGGCAAUGGAUUUUAUUUCCAGUAUUGCAAUAGUAAAUGUAGAUUUUAAUGCACUGUAUGAAUAUGGAUACAGUAGAGUGUCAUUUGCUUACCCGCACCAUGUCUGGUGUACGUGGUAAAACAAUGUAACUGACGCGUAUCUGGCAUUCAUGUAACUGAAGCUGAGCAGCAGAAUAGGCUGUAAGCAGGAAGAACCCCUAACGUGGGGGUGUAAGGUAGGAUGUGGGAGGAUAAAUUGGACACCUGCUGAAUACCAAAGAGCUAUACCUUUUUUCUGCCCCACUUACACCAUUCUUAAGCCACUGCUGAAUUUGGCCCAUUGUAGACUUCAGACAGACAAGUACACUGCUAAUCCAUAAAAGUACAGAGGAUCAGACUGUUCCAUCACAUCUGCAUGUGCAGGUCCUUAAGAAGUCACCUGACAGGAUGAUCCGGCCCAUUUUUUAAGAGUGUAUUGUACUUUACGAAUGAGCUGGUUUCUGAGAGAUGGAAGUUUCUGUUUGUUUAGCUUUUAUCAGUGAAAACUAUUUGGCUACCCAGCAACAUACUUGCCUGGUUCAGGUUCCAUUUGGCAUAAUAAAACACCACCAACUAGAUUUAAUUUAAUCUAAGGACAAUUCACUCCCUGCCCCUCUUCAUAACAGUAUUUGUAUUUCCGUAGGGUUUCCUAGAAAUUUGAAAGCUAAUGUUACAAAUACGCUCAUUUCAAUAUUCAAGGGAAAUCUCCAGAACAUCUUCAGUACCCAAUGACAUGAGAGGACGCCAAUUAAUCCUUCCAUACAGGGACAAGAAUAGUAGUGUCUAAAAAUAGUUUGUAAAACUUGGGGGUGAGGGGGUCACCUUUUUUAAAAUCAUGAGACUAAAGAUAUUUUUCAGUUUGUGUUGGACCAAACUCUACAACACCUGUGGCUGAAAAUUCUCUCCUACUCCAGUUCUCUUGACUCUUUGCUUCAUAGUACCCUUAACUGGGGAAAUAAAAUACUCCAGAAGUGUGCACUGUUGUGAUGCAAGACCUUAUUACCAUAGUGCAAUUCCAGUUGUCAUUUGGCUAAAGUGUGGUAGAGGAUAUAUCUUUACCAUUCAGUUGUCAGUAAGAUAAUUUACAAGAACAAGACAUCCAGGAAUUUUUAUUCGCCUAGAUAUACCUUCAUAUGUGUUGGGUAGAUACCUUCCCCAAAGUGUAAGGGUAGUCAUAUAGUAUAAGAGAAUUGUGCUUAUGUAAUAUUUCUUUUGUACAUGCUUGUAUUCUAAUGAUGGAGGGGAACAAUCAUGAUAUCUUUAGAAAACUCAGGAACCUUCCCUCCUUCAAAAUGCGUCAUUCUUCAUAGUGAAGGGGCAAUUUUGCAUCCUCUGUACUAGUAAAGCAGGAAAAUUGUGAGUCUUCUAAAAAUGCCUCCAGGAACCAGUAAGAUACAACAUUUGAACGUCUCCACUCAUUAGGAAGGGAGUCUGUUUUCCUAAUGUACAGCUGGUUAUAAUUCAGUGGGUCUCAAACUUUUUUACUGCUGACUCCUUUCACACAGCAAGCCUCUGUUACAAACUUCUGCUCCUCUUUUUAAUGUAUUUAACACCAUUAUAAAUGCUGGAGGCAAGCAGGGUUUGGGGUGGAAGUUGACAGCUUGUGACCCCCCAUGUAAUAACCUCGCACCCCCCUGAGGGGUCCCGACCUGCAGUUUGAGAACCCCUGGAUUACGUGGAUAUUUUCACAACAGUGGCUUUGCUUUUAUCACAGGUUAUAAAGUUAUGGCUCCUGUUGCCUUUACUAGAAAAGGAUGCUGGAAAAGCUUUAGUCUUUUAUAUGUUCUCCUAUUGGGCCCAUCUGUAAUGUCCAGUAUACGGAACUGUGCAGAAGCAGGUGAAGUGGAAAUGGCUGUGCUUUGUAAUUUUCUUGUCUCUGAACAUACCAAACAAUCUUCCCAGUUGAUCAUCCUCAUGAAAGUCAACCAGUGGAAUUUCAGAAAAUAAAUUGUCCCCCUCUGAGACUGGAUUCCAACAUGUCAUGAACCACACUAAAUCCUUUACUACUCUAAGGUCUCGGUGAGGAUCAGAUCUAAGUGCAGGUGCCCAAAGAUGUGAUGAUGCAGAGAGCCUUCCCUUCCCUUCCACUCCUGGGCAGGAGCCAAGGAUAAUCCCAUUGGAGAGCACAGGCACUGCGUCCAGCUCAUGCUGAAAG